AUGGCGCAAAUCGGCAUCGACCACGAGAACCACAUGGCGGGCAAUGAGAACUAUGGAGGAAGCGACGGGUGGGUAGAUCUCAGUCACGGCUACAAUUCUUCGCAACAUCAAUCACCAAUAUACGAACAUGCAGGCUUUCAGUUCAUGCAACAACCAGCUCAAUCGCAAGGCCCGUUGGAGCCUUCGUUUGCGACCCAGAGGAUGCCACAACCUUCACCACCAAACGCACUUCCUUCUCAUCAACAACUAUUGCCUCUUAUAAUGCCUAGUCAUCCAACCUGGCCUAGUAUGUUGACGAAUCCAGCGAAUUACUCCGCACCACCAGUCGCCAUUCCUCCCGCGAAUGCUCAGCAAACCAAGACGAACAACGGAAAAUCUUCUGGCGGUCACCCAGCUCCAACUCCACGUAAAACACUAACAGACAGUGAUCGGAGAAGAAUGUGCCAGUACCAUGAGGACCAUCCAUCUACGAAGCAAACUGAUAUCGGAGCGAUGUUUGGAGUUGAACGAAGCACUGUAUCCAAAGUUCUGCGUCAGAAGGAGAAGUAUCUUUUUCCCGAGGACCGUAGUCUUUCUCCAGUCAAACGAGCUAAAGGAAAGUUUCCGGAUAUCGAGAGAGCACUUUCCAACUGGGUCAGAAACACGCAGAAGCAGGGCAUUCCCUUGACGGAUGAGACAAUUCGAGAAAAGGCUCGUUUCUUUGCAACGACGGUUGGUAACGAUGAAAGCCAUUCGAAGACCAACAGUACGAGCUGGCUUGAAAAAUUCAAGCAGAAGAAUGGAAUAGGGUCUGGAAGAUUGUCUCGACGAGCAUCGGAAACGAACAUCUCUGACACGGGAUCACUAAUUCCAGAAUCUGGCCAAGCUUCCUCAAGCCAGACGCCAAAUGGGAUUUCUCCCACCUCGCCAAACGGCCUACCCUCGCCUUCACCGCUAUCUGCAACGAAGAGCAACGACGAUGACCUGAAAUCUGAAUCAUUGAAUAGCUCCUUGAACAGUUACCUCGAGUUUGGCCAACGACAUGGCAGCUAUCAUUCAAACUCUCAGAGCACCACUUCGCUGUCGAGUUUCACCGAGCCUCAACACUCAUAUUCUGGAGCGACCAGCCCUACCACUCCAUUUGCCUUCUCACCAGACAACAAUGGAAAUUCGUGGCUGCCUUCCCAACAAGCUCGUCUCCCACCACCUGGUAAUAAUUUCCAGCGUCCUCGAAGCCAGACAUUUCCUAUGCUGGGUAUUGAUCCUUCUUUUGCGGCACAGGUCUCAGAGCCAUUAACUCCAAAGUAUAUGCCAGGUACGGCUCCCUCCUCGGCAUUGGAUUCUCCUAUCCACGAGAUCCCUUCACAAUUCGGCAUUGAUUCGCACGUCUCCUCGCCACCUUUGCACCACAGCAGCAGUAACGGAUCCAUGGCACCGCCAUCUUCGGGCACACCCGUCACCAAUAUUCAAUCUCCAAUUGGCUCGUCCGCGCCAAGUUCUCCUACACAGGAUGAUGCUCGACGCGCGCUCGAUACGUUGCUCAACUUCUUCCAGCAAGCCCCCAGUGGUCUAGUAGAUCAAAACGACUACUUGUCAAUCAUCAAAUUGACGGACAAGCUACGCCUACAUAGUCACCUAGCACUUCCCGGAGGCCUUCAUCGAAUCGAAGAAACCGAGCCCCUAGCUCCAAAAUUGGAGCAAUCGAUGAGUGCAGGCUGCUAA